AGCGGGGGAGUUCGAUGUGAUGGUCGAAACGGCGCAAGCCAAGCCGUGUGCAUGUUUUCCGCACGACGACCAUCGUUACACCAUCACCGCGCCGCAGCAGCAGUAACAGACGACGCUCGCAUUCGGCGUCGAAGACGCGUCGCGAUUACCACGUGAGAUUCAGUCAGUCAGUCAGUCUGUAGUUCGUCGUCAUACAUCAUCUCGCCGACGUCUUCCUGCGGGAGUGCGUCGUGAGUGUGUUUUCCCUGGAGCAGCAGCCGCCUCCUCGGCACCUCCCGAGGACGGCUACCAUCCUGGAGGAGGAACCUCCAGAAGAGACAGAGGACGGCAGGAUGGCCCUUCUUCUUAGCAAGGACAUCGAGAAAGACACCGUCCCGCCGCUGCCACCUAGGUACCGUCUCAGAGAUCUCAUCAUGGGAGAUUACGCUUUCAACGACGAUGGAGAAAGGUUCGGACUCUUCGCAAGUGCUAUUGGUUUGGUAAUGGAAUUCCUCUUCCGGAAGAAAUUCCAACAUCAAACGCUGUUUUCGUCAAAGUCCCUUUACUCUUGCUCUUGCCGUAGCAACAUCAUCAUCACAAUCCAAUUCCGGGCGCCUUGUUACUGCUACAUAAUGGACCAUCAUUUUAUCGCCUCGCACCUAAAAGAACAAAAAAUAAUAAUAAUAAACUCAGAUAUACUUGUUACUUGGAAUGUAGCAAUUACUCUUGAUUAUUAGUAUUAAAGAUAACAAGUUUUUACACCAAUCUCCAAAGUAAAGCUUGCGCCUUUUCAGAAUGUGUAUCUGUAACGAUCAAAGAUGGCGCUAAUAAAUGAUGUAACUAUGGUUGCAGUAUC